UGUCCGCUGUCAAACCAAUUCUCCCUUUCGCGAGAACUGUCAAUACAGACAAGAAGAGGCAGAAGCAGAAAAUUAUUCUUGCUGAAUUUUCACGGCUUUAUUGUCCAGUAAAGUUAUUUUUACCAAACAUUUAACGUGAAUCUCCCUCACCCUCUCCCAAAGACGUACUUCGUACAUUGCGACCACCGGUGAUUGAAAAAGAAGUUGGUAAAAUAAUAAUCGCUUGUGCUGGGUGCUGCACUUUAUACGCAAAAGUUUGGACGACCUUUCUCAGUUGGGGUGUGUUUGUGCGUGUUAUGAAUUGUUUGCGGGCGACACUACGGUCGUAAUGCAAAAUUCAAAGUAAUAUGCAUGGACAAUUUUGGAGAAACAGUGCUUAGAUUCGAGUGUUUGCCGGAAACGAAACGCAAAAUGCACGACAGAAGGGCGGCCGUGUGUUAUGGGCUGGUGUACAUUCUCUGUACCCAGGUGCUGUCCACCAAUUCACGCACCUCCACGCUGUGGAAGUUGAAUUCGGAGGAGGGCAAAAUUGUCAGUGUGUCCGGUGGUACGAACUGCAAAUUACAGAACACCGGAGCAAAGGCCACAGAAACCACGGCCACCACUGGGGAAGGUGUGUUUGUUCCGCACAUUAACAACGUAGAGGAGCUACUGAACCCGUAUCAUCCCGAGGAAGAUGAGGAGUCAACGUUUCACAUAAUCACUACCACCGCGGCUAACUAUCGCGAUAAUACAUGGAGGCGGCAUGCCCGGGACAAGAUUAUAGUGAAUCUAGCAAAGGCCGCUUCCGACAUUACGUCCAAUGCAAACACGAAAGGAACCAGCGUCAGUGCCGAAUCGGAUGUGCUGGAUUGUGGCAAACCAGUCAAUUUCACGUACUACGAUGAUUUGAUCGGUGUAGCACAGCGCUACAGCCAUCCGAUCGUACCCGAGCCGGAGGUGGCGUACCUGUUUCUGAAGAAAAAAGGUCCGAAAUCGUUGAAAAACUUCGACAUCGAUGCACUCGAAAGGCGCUUGCGGAAGGCGAAAAGCGAAAAACCACGAUCAGUGCAGCUCUACAAUCAAAUUGGCAACUUUUGGCGAAUAAAGGGCGAUGCGCGUCAUUCGAUUGAAUGUUUCCGCGGUGCGCUUGCGAUGGCACCGACGAACGCGGAAGUUUUGCUGAACCUGGCCCGGGUGUUGUUCAAUCUGCAGUAUUUGGAUGAUGCGAUACACCUAACCAGACGCUCGCUGGAAGUGCAGCCAAGGGAUCGAAGCGCAUGGCGGCAGUAUUUUACGCUGGGUGAAAUUUUUAAAGCGUACGGCCACUUUCAAGAAUCAGUUAACCACUUGCGGCAGGCAUUGGAGCUCUAUCCACAGUACGAACCGAUCAAGAAGGCAAUUGCGGAUGUGGAGAAUAUUUCCGCCUCGUCGUUACACAUAUUUACCAUCAUCAUCAUUAUUUUCUUGGUGAUGUGCGUGCUAUAUGUGAUUCUUUCGUCAAACGAAAGCAACCAGAACAGCCACGAACUGGAACAGAAGGCGACCCGGCACUUUAACCGUGCCAUGGCAAUGCGGUCGUUAAAGGGCUUCACGCAGCGUUCGUUUAAAAAUCGAAAGUAAAUAUUUAGCCGUAUUUUGAAUUAAGUUUUUUUUUUGUUGCGCGCGUGCGAUUCCUGGAUGCAUGCUCUAAAUCUCUGUAUCACGUAGCCGUAUGUGUGUAUUGUGUGCAUGUGUAUAUCGCUCCUAGUGGAAGGCCCAGGUUCGGAAGGCAUAGAAAAGGAGAAGAUAAUAGAAUUAAUAUAUAAGAUGAGAUUCGUGAAAAUCUUCCGUAAUGCCACACGCGCGCGCAUCGUAGAAAGGAAAACAGUUAGGAGCUAAAUGGUUGGAGCGUCUGGCAACACUUAGCGAUCAUCGUACGCAAUGCAAAGCCGCUCUCGAUUACAAAAAAAACAAAAACGGCUUUAUAAUAAUGCACCUAUCGC